AAAAAGGUAUUUUCUUUAUACUUACAGUGUGAAUAGCCCAUAUUCCACCUGUGAUUUCUGUAGUCAAUCAUUUUCUCAGCAGCAAAAUUUAGAGCUACAUUUAUUUACUGAUACAAAGGAGAAACUGUACACAUGCAAUGUCUGCAAUGAACGGUUUACUUGACAGUGCAGUGUAAACGAAUAUAUACUGACCAACAUGAGUGAAAAACAGUAUGCAUGUGACAUUUGUAAUAAAACAUUUUCUCAGAGGCGAUAUUUAGAUAAACAUUAUCAGAUUCAUACGAAAGAGAAACAGUUCGUAUGUAAUGAAUGUCAUAAAGCAUUUAUUCGAAAGGAUAAUUUAAAAACACAUUUACGGGUGCAUAGCCAUGAUGCGCCAUAUGCAUGUGACAUUUGUAAUAAAAUAUUUUCUCGGAAGACAAAUUUAGAAAGACAUUAUCGGAUUCAUACGAAAGAGAAAAAGUUUGUAUGUGUUGAAUGUAAUAAAGCAUUUAUUCAAGAGGAUAAAUUAAAAACACAUUUACAGACGCAUACCAAAGAAAAGCCGUUUGUAUGUGAUGUGUGUAAAAGAGCAUUUUCUGAAAAGACAUAUUUAAAAAUUCAUUUACGGAUACACACAAAAGAAAAACCUUACACAUGUGAAAUUUGUAAUAAAACAUUUUCUCGGAAGACAAAUUUAGAAAGACAUUAUCGGAUUCAUACGAAAGAGAAAAAGUUUGUAUGUGUUGAAUGUAAUAAAGCAUUUAUUCAAGAGGAUAAUUUAAAAACACAUUUACAGACGCAUACCAAAGAAAAGCCGUUUAUGAUUUUACAAAUACAUUUACGGACGCAUACGAAAGAAAAGCCAUAUGCUUGUGAUAUUUGUAAUAAAGCAUUUUCCCAAAAAACUAGUUUAACAGUACAUUUAAGGAUACAUGCAAAUGUGAAACCAUUUGCUUGUGAUCUAUGUAAUAAAAUGAUUUUACAAAUACAUUUACGGACGCAUACGAAAGAAAAGCCAUAUGCUUGUGAUAUUUGUAAUAAAACAUUUUCUCAGCGUCCUCAUUUAAAUUUGCAUUUACAAGGACAUGCGAAAGAGAAGUUUUUACAUGAACCUGAAAAGAGAACUUGUAAUCGAGCAUUUUCUGAAUAG